AUGUUCGCUACUCAUCGCCAUAGACCCAUUCUCUAUCUCAAAGCCUUAACUUUUCCACCAAACCCUAACCCUAGUUUUCACCAUUUCUGCACCGCCUCUUCCAAUUCAACCCCAUUUCCAGUCUCCUACCUCAUCCACAAUCUCGGCUUCUCCCCACAAUCUGCUUCCAAACUUUCUUCCACUUACAAUCUUCGUUUCAAGACUAAUCAAAACCCUGAUUUAGUUCUCAAUUUCUUUAGAAACCAUGGUGUAUCAGAUUCCCAACUACGCAACAUGGUCGUCAAGACACCAUGGCUACUUUCCUGUGACCCCUCCAUAAGGGUCUUUCCAAAGUUUCAAUUUUUCCUCUCUAAAGGCGCUUCUACCUCCGACAUUGUUCACCUUGUCACUAAGUUCCCCAUGAUCCUCUCUCCAAGCCUGGAGAAUCAUAUAGUCCCAACCUAUGAAUUUCUCACUAGAUUCUUCCAAUCUCACAAAGACAUUGUCACUCAUGCAAUUCAAAAUCCUCUUUUAUUUUGUUAUCGUAAUGUGUUACUUAACGUUAGAAUGUUGAUUGAGUAUGGAGUUCCAGAUUCCUGCAUUGCAAGAUUGCUUCAAGUGAAUAGCAAGGUACUCAACACAAAUGAACUUCUGAAGUUGGUUCAGGAAUUAAAGGAUUUGGGGUUUAAUCCUUCACAAUCAACUUUCUCAAUAGCAUUGCAUGCCAAAAGAACAGUAGUCAAAGCCAGGUGGAAAGAGAAAGUUGAUGCCUUUAAGAAAUGGGGUUGGUCCGAUCAAGAUGUUGUUGAAGCAUUUCGAAAGCAGCCUCAGUGUAUGUUAGCAUCCCUUGAUAAAAUAAAUUUAGUCAUGAGCUUUUGGGUCGAUCAGUUGGGUUGGGAUGCCAUGGCCAUUGCCAAAGUACCAAGGGUUUUGUCAGCCAGUAUGGAGAGAAGGAUCAUACCAAGGGCCUCAGUUGUGCAAUAUCUUCUGAAGAAAGAUUUGCUAAAAAAGAAAGCAAGUUUAACUGCUCCAUUUAUAGUCGUCGAUAAGACGUUCCUUGACAAAUAUAUAAUGCCUUUUAAGGAGGACUCUUCUUAUCUCUUAAAGCUUUAUGAAGAAAAACUGAAUCUUGCACACAACAAGGACAACAAAGAUGGCAUGAUAUGA